UAGAUUAAAGACGACAUCUUUCUACAUAAGACUCUCACUCUCUCUCUCUCUACAAAAUCUUGUAAUUGCCCUUCUUGUUCUGAAUAUUUUGCACUCUCAUUUCCUGUAAUUUUCAUAUCUAUAGUGGUCUCCCUCAGUUUCACUCUCUCUCUCUCUGCCUUUUGCCCUAAAAGAGGCUGUCGUUUCCUUCAUAAACCCUGCUUGCAGCAGUCUUUUCGGCCCUCAACUUUGAAAUAGAGAGAGAGAGAGCGAAUGAGAGACUACCCUGCUUGAACCCAUAUUGGUUUUUUGUUCUUUUGUACUCUUAACAAAGACCAUUCUUUGUCCUUCGAUUGUUUCAUAUCUGAAAAAAGGAAAAAAAAAAAACGGUUCUUUGUCAAAGGUACAUCUGAAUUUGCUAAGAACAGGCAUUAGUUUUGAUCGCCAUUUUCAGUUUAAUGAACUUCUUCGCUUAGUUACUAUACAGAGAAAGAGGGUUUUUUUUUUCUUGUUUUUGCUUCUUUGGAGAGUUUUAAUGGCACCGUUUGACUGUGCGGUUUCAAGCCUUCUGUGUGCAGAGGAUAAUAAUAGUAUUUUCGAUGAUAACGAUUGCUAUGGUGCUGUUGUAGAGGAGUAUGAGUCUACAUGGCAUCAUAAGAAUCAUCGAAUCCACCAUGAAGGCAGGGCCUAUGGUGGUGGUGGAGAUGGUGAGUUGCCAAUGCAGAGUGAGGAGUGUUUGGCUUUGAUGGUUGAGAAAGAGUGCCAACAUUUGCCAAAUGCGGAUUACUUAAACAGGCUGAGGAAGGGGGACUUGGACUUGGGUGGCAGAAAAGAGGCUAUCGAUUGGAUUGGAAAGGCUCAUGCCCAUUUUGGCUUUGGACCACUUUGUGCAUAUUUAUCAAUAAAUUACUUGGACAGAUUUCUCUCUGCCUAUGAACUGCCUAAGGGUAAAGCUUGGAUGAUGCAGUUAUUGGCCGUUGCAUGUUUAUCUCUUGCAGCCAAAAUGGAGGAGACUGAAGUUCCACUUUCUGUAGAUUUACAGGUUGGUGAAUCAAAAUUUGUAUUUGAAGCAAAGACUAUUCAAAGAAUGGAGCUUCUUGUGCUCAGCACUUUGAGCUGGAGAAUGCAGGCUAUUACACCUUUCUCCUUCAUAGACCAUUUCCUUAACAAGAUCAAUAAUGAUGAAACCCCACCUAGAUCUUUAAUCUUGCAAUCAAUCCAGCUCAUAUUGGCCACAAUUAAAGGGAUUGACUUCUUGGAAUUUAGGCCUUCUGAGAUUGCAGCUGCUGUGGCCAUUGCUGUUAUAGGGGAAAUCAAAACAGUGGAAGCUGAGCAAGCAAUUUCUGCUCUCACUCAACAUGUACAAAAGGAGAGAGUGCUGAAGUGUAUUCAACUAAUUCAUGAUGUGGUAUUGAUUGGUGGGUCUGUUAAGAAUGCAAGUGUUUCAAUCCUAUCAGUGCCUCAAAGUCCAAUUGGGGUGUUGGAUGCUGCAUGCUUGAGCUAUAGAAGUGAUGACACAACUGCUGGGUCAUGUGCAAAUUCUUCACAAAAUACUCCUGAUGCCAAAAGGAGAAAGCUAAAUAGACCAUGGGAAGUUUAACAUGUGGCAACGAAAGUUGGAUCUUUUACACAGGGCCUUCUUGAAUUUUUUAAAUUUGGAGCAUUGGUGCGUCUAUGAAGGUGCUGUCCAAGAAAAUUAUGAGGGAAAUGGUAAAAAGAAAAAUAAAAAGAAGGGAAGUGGGAGGGAGGAAAAUGGGAAAUGCAGAAAAGGAGUUUUAAUAAGUUGGGUCAUGGCUGGAGGAUGGAGGCAGGAUUUGGAUGGAAAAAAAAUGUUUCAUGCACUUAGCCUGAAAAUAACAGUCACAGCUGUUAAAUAUUAGAUCUCUUAACAGCUGCAGAUAAGUAGUAGAGAGAAUGCAAGGAAAAUAUUUAUUUAUUUUUAUUUUUUAUUUUUGGGAUUUGUGAGAAACAACUUGUAGGGUUUGGACUUUUUCAUCGGAUAAAAGAAAAUUGCCAAAAAAAACCAUAAAGAAGAGGAAAAUAUAUAUUAUGGGAUAUAUAUACAUAUAUUUUUUGUUGGGAAUUUCAA